UUACACAAUAGUAUACAUAACACUGCAGAAAGUGUAUGUCCUCCGGGUCCAGUACUCAAAUCUUCAAAGUUCAACCCAAUUCCUCCGUCUCGAGCGUUCAAGCUGUUGGAGCGCAACGUCACUGUACUUCUGUAACAACGUGGUCUGUUCUCGUGCCUCCAUUAUCCGAUGCCAUAGCAGAUAAAAGGUGGCAAUCGUGGCCAGGGGAAGAACAUAGGUGAGGGAAUUCCACAAAAUAACCACGUGAAAUUCGCUUGCAGAUGACGGUAUGGCGAAGAAGCAAGCAAAGAACGUUGCAGGCAAGAAGGCCAAUAUCACGAGGGAAGCCAUGGUUGAAGAUAAACUGUUACCCACUCUGGCCUUGCUGUCUCGUUGGGCAAUCAUACUUUGCAUUGCAUAAAGGUGGGUCUUUAAGCUUUCCUUCAUCUGUACCAUUUGAAAUGAGCGACUUGAAUUCACAGAGUCAAGGUGAUAGAUAUCGCGUAGAAAAGUGUCGUUAGAAUUGCGAACUUGCAUCAAAAAAUCUUGCUUCCAAAGAUGGCUGCUCUGAGGAAUGCCGGUCGUGACCACUCCCGUGCUCACAACUGUGUCCAGCCAAGGUUGGAGUUUUUGGAGCGUCGCCAGCAACAGCUCGACCCUCAGAUGGAUGAAGCCGAUGUCAACGCUCAGCGCGCUAAUUUGGAGUAUGUGAUUCUCGAAAUCGUCGAUUAUAUCGUCCUUCUGUCUUCCCGAUUUCUUUGAACCGCGAUGACUGUGAUCCCAAGAUGGUUUUCCGAAUGCACGAAAGGGUUUGACAUCGAAGCUCGACCCAAUUGCCCUCGUGACUCUCAGCGCGAUCUGCUGAUUCCGCUGCUGUAG